CGUGCCGGCUGCAGCCCAGGGCCGCCUGAAGGUGCAGAGCGCCCCGAGCAGCUGCAGCGCACCUCGUGGGGCAGGGCAGGGCCGGGCCGCGCCUUUCCCGCCCCGCCCGCCAUUUUCCGCCGCGGGAGGGCGAGCCCGGGGCCCAUGGCAACGCCGGGCGGGAGCAACAGCAGGAGCAGCUGGAGGGAGCGCUCCAGGUGACAGCGGCGACCUGCCGGCCCCCUGUGCCGCGAGGGGCGGCUGUGCCCCGCUCCGGCCGGUGAGACCGCCCCGCCCGCCCCUCCUCCGCCUGCUCCUUCCCCCGUCCCCUCGCCGCGGGCGGCCGUGUGGCGCGGGGCGGGACGGGCUCUCCCGAACCCGGCUCUGUGGCACAGGGCCCCGCCGGGAUGCACACGCAGCACUGAGGAGGCUCCACAGCCACCAGAAGCGCGGGGAAGGGCGGUGUUUGGCGCCGGCCGGCCGGGCCCUCCCCCUGCCCCGGGCCUGGCAGCUCCGCCUCCGCCCGGUGUGACGCGCUGGGACGGGACGGGCCGGGCCGGGCCGGGCCGGCGGCUACCGCGGCCCUGGGGCUGCUGCCAAAGCCGAGCUCCGAGGGGUUGGGUUUGUGUGUUACGGAAACAUCGGAACGCUUAAAUUGUGCCUUCCCCUAUUCCGAGCCAUAUCCUUCUUCACUUAAUUUCUUUAACUGGAUUUUGGGCAGGUACCGAUCUCAAAGUGCUUACUGAAUUCUUUCUGCAAACUUUUCUCCAAGAACAUUGAACGACUGUUUGAUAACAAUUUUUGGUAAAAAAGAAUUGCGCAAGAAUUAUGGAGCCUGCCCUUCGCUUUGAACAUCAAUGUGUCUUCUUACAGAAUUGAUGUUAACAGCUUUUUUCUGAGCUUCAUUCCCAGGCUGCUGCCUUUGUCCUGUGCCCAGAAGCCAGGGCAGCCACCCACCCUUGGCAUUCGUCUCCAUGCAGUAGUAGGUAUCCAGAAGGAGAGGGGAGACAAAAUUCUUUCUGCUGGCAGAGGAACUGAGGCACUAAGACCUUGAGAGCUUCAGUUUUAUGCUUUCUUGACUUGCUGAACAGUAGCCCAAUUCUUCAGGACUUCCAGCAGUGUGAAAUGUAAUCAGUGUUGGUGCACUUUGGUACCAGAAUGAUGACUACUGCAGAAGUUGUCAAGAAGAAGGAAAAUUACACUAGUGUGCAUGAAGCAGUGAAAGCUGGGGAUGUAGAACAGCUUGCAUCGAUGAUAAAAAGUGGAGCCAGUAUUAAUGAGGUGGAUGUAGUUCACAAAUUCACACCCUUGCAGUGUGCUGCCCACUCGGGAAGUCUGGAGUGCCUUCAGUGGCUGCUCUGGCAUGGAGCCGACACCGCACGUGUGACCGUGAGGGGCUGGACUGCGACUCACCUGGCAGCCAUCCGCGGGCAGGAUGCCUGCAUGCAGGCCCUGUUAGUGAGCGGAGCGGACGCAGCAGCUCGGGACGAGCGCGGCUGCACGGCCUCGCACCUGGCUGCAGCCCACGGGCACUCGUACACGCUGCAGAGCCUGCUGCGCACGGGGGCGGAUGUAAAUGUUUCAGACAGGAAUGACUGGAAACCUGUUCAUUAUGCUGCUUUUCACGGUCGCUUGGGGUGUUUGCAGCUUCUUGUUCGAUGGGGAGCGUGUGUAGAUGAUGUGGAUAACAAUGGAAACCUUCCAGCACAUCUGGCAGCAGUGGAAGGACACUUGCAUUGCUUUAAGUUCUUGCUCAGGAAAAUGGGCAGUGUUACACACACUCUGAAAGCCAGGAAUGACCACGGAGAGACUCCAAGGGACUUGGCUGAACGGUUCUACAAAGAUAAUAUUCUGCAAUAUAUUGAUGGUGUGGAAAAAGAGAAGGAACAUCCAGAGACACAGGAAGUUUUAGCUUUCCCAGCUCAUGAUGCUGCUUUCAAUGGGGACUUACUAGUGGUUAGAAGCCUAGUGAGAAGUGGAGUAAUAAACAUAAAUGAGCGGGAUGAUAAAGGAUCCACUCUCCUGCACAAAGCUGCUGAACAGGGGCAUAUCCAUUGCUUACAGUGGUUGGUUGAAAUGGGAGCUGACUGUGACAUUACAAAUGAUGCUGGAGAGACUCCAAAGGAUGUAGCCAAGAGAUUUGGCCAUCUGGCAGCUGUGGAACUGUUGGCACCAAGAACUGGAAACGGUAACUCUAGUGAUGAAGAACUAGAUGCAAACAACAUCAAGUUUUUUGAAACACAUGGUGUGGAAGGGAGUACAGAUAGCAAAGAAGAUUUAACCCUGGAUGAAGCAGAGAAAAGGAAUGCACGUGUAAGGGCCUAUCACAAGAUUAAAGAACUUCAGAGACUUCUAGAAAUUGCCUACAGCAACUACAGACAGCUGGGGGGAGUAACUGAAGAGGAGAAGAUGAUGAGAAAAGAAGAAAGGAAAGUUGAGAAGGCUGUGAGGGAGCUGGAGGCGCAGCUGGAGUAUGAGCGAGUCAGGCGGGAGAAGCUGGAGAGCCAGCUGGAUGAUUACCGUGCUGAGAUAAACCAGCUCCGAGAGGGCCGGGGGAAAACCCGCACCGCCUCUGCUGCCUCCGUGGAAGCUGAGACAAUGGCCAAGUCUUGCAAAGAUGAAAAUAAAGAAGCAGUCAGCCUGCAGCCCAGGAGGAAUGCAAUUACACCGAGGAACGAACCUCAAAGGAGGGGCAGCAGACUGGAGAAGAAAUCAGCUGCAAACAGAUGGAGGAAUUAACAACAGAGCAGAGCCUCCUAACCCUCCCAGAUUGCUGCAGGUGUGACAGAACAAUUCCAGAAGCCAGUGGCUGGUCUCAGAUGCCGUAUCCUGCACAGCAGCAGCAGUGCUGAGAUGGGAGGCCCAAUGCAGCAGCCUGAGGAGCCACAUUUCCAGGGACACAUCGCAACAACUAUGCUGGGUACCUCAGAGCACCACAGGCUGCAGGGGCUUGUACUACUGCCACCCAGCUACUGGAAACUGCACUGCAGGAGAGCUGGCUGCACCAGGGCUCAUGUUAAGACAUCCCAGAUUUCCCACGGAACCAAAAUGACAAUGAAUUUGAAAAUGGGCUGUCAAACACGACAGCACUCCUGAAACCUGACGAGUUGUCUUUUGGAUUUGUUACACUGCUGUUUCAAUUAGUGUUAGAAUAAAGCUAAUUACAUUUGCCUUUGAACUUAUUCUCACUUCCAAAUAUAAUGCAUUACUCUCUUUUUAUCCAGCUCCUACACAAUAAAAACUU